AUGCACGCCAGAUGCUGCGUUGAGGGCAAUCCCAGCGGGAUAGACACGUCCAUUCUCGGGACUUACCAGACAAACUGCGUGUACGCCCCCUCGAUCCAGGUGCGAGUCUCCUCGAGUCUCCGCCGCGGUGCGUUCCGUGCACGUCGUCGUGCACUAGAAUGCACGCAGCGUCGCGCGAGGCGCGCGCCCUGGCGCCUGUUGGGCCACCCACCCACUUCGCCUCGCCUCGCCUCGCCUCGCUCCAACUCGCACGUUCAUGGCAGAUGCGAUGUCUCACUUCGUGACCUCAUGCACGACCCCAGGCAGCGCGCGCAUGCACACACGCACACAACAAGCCAACCGUCCCACAGACGCCUGCACGUCCAGAACCUAGCCCCGCGAACGCGCCCGUCGUCCUCUCUGGCGCAGCUCCUCCCAUUCCCGAGCCGGCGCGUGGGCCGAGUCGCGAAACGAGCUGCACCGGACAGCUCAAGUGAUCGCGCACUUCUCCCGUGGACGACGUGCAGCGCGUUCCUUUCGACGUCGACGCAAGGUCCGGUGACUGCUGGCCAGCCGCCCGUCGUACCGCGUUCUGGAAUGAAGCCUACCGUCUCGCGAGUCCAUGCGAGUAGCGUCUAG